AUGGGUAACUGCCAGGCGAUACUGGAUGCAGUGGUGAUCCAACACGCGGACGGGAGGGUGGAGCGACUCUACUGGCCAGUGAACGCUGCGGAUGUCAUGAAAGCCAACCCAGGCCACCACGUCGCUCUUGUCACCCUGUCCUACUCAGAGAAGGAUGGCGCCACCGCCAUGAAGGCCACCCGUGUGAGACUGCUCAAGUCCAAGGAGGUUCUCCUUCUCGGUCAUGUCUACCGCCUCAUCACUUUCCAAGAAGUCGCAGUGGCUCUGAGGGUGAAGAAGAAUGAGGACGUGAAGAAGAGGCAGGGGAAUCCACAGCAGGUGAUGAAGCAAGAGAGGGGUCGGCAAAAGAACAGUGUAGAGAUGGUGAGCAGAGGUCGGCCAUGGCAGCCGUCGUUGCAGAGCAUCUCCGAGUUGGGUGGGUAACUCUGCUACUUGAAGUUCCUAUGAGUGUG